GGGUAUUUGCGUGAUUUGCAUGUAUUAUAACGCAGUAUUAUAAUGUACGCAUCCGGUGCACUAUAGAGCAAAAGUACGAGAUCUCUUUCUCAGCGAGUCCAAAACCAGUGGAACCCCAUCCCUUGCUUUUUACAUCAUAAAACCUCCCUACAAAAUCUAUCUCCACUUCAUACUCCCUCCCCUCUCUUUCGUUUUUUUGUUGUUUAACUCAGAACCCCAUCCAAACAAAGAUGGCAACUCAAAGGCGCAACUUAGCAGCAGCAGCUUCCACGGAUCCCACCUUGAAGAAACCGCAUCAGCCCAUUUCCUCCGCCACCGCCCACCGCCAACCCCACCCAGAUCCCAAACCCACCACCACCAUCCACUCCAUCUCCCGCCACUUCUCCAAUCUCUACACCAAUCACAAGCACCACCUUUUUUCCGCAUCCUUAAAGGACGACCAUGUCGUUGACUCUUCUUGCCCAGCGCUGACUAAGUCAAAGAGCCAGCACCACACCGGCACAAAACCGCAGCCAAUCAAGAAAUCUCAUAAAGAACAGCCGCCUGAGUUCAUAAUCGUCCAGAAAGGCGGCGGCGGGGGAGGCGGCGGAGGAAUCAAGAAAGCUUCAACCGAUCUUGAUCUGAGUGGUGGGUAUGUGGAGAAGGAGGAGGUGAAGAAGGGGCGGCCGUCUCUGUCGCUAGAAAUGGGCGGCGGCGGAGGGAGAAGAAGGUCAUUUUCGAGCCCCCAGAUUGAGCUAGCUGAUUUCUUCUCUUGCAAUAGCGUGAAGGUGGUUGCCGUAGAUAUGCCGCCGUAUAUGCAGAUUCACGCCGUCGGUUGUGCAAGAAAGGUUUUUGACAGCUUGGAGAAGUUCACUUCGAAGGCCCUUGCCUUUUCCCUCAAAAAGGAAUUCGAUGGGGUAUAUGGACCAGCCUGGCACUGCAUAGUUGGUAAGAGUUUUGGAUCUUUUGUAACACAUUCAGUGGGAGGUUUCAUAUAUUUCUCCAUGGAUCCUAAGCUGUAUAUACUCUUGUUCAAGACCACAGUACAGAGAGCAGAUUGAUAUGCAUAUAUUAAUGUCUGAGAUUUGAUAUCCUGCCCACCAUUUUAGUCUCUCAAAAUCACCAUCCAGGAAAAGAACUAGAAGAAGAAGAAGAUAGAGAGCAUUAAUUGCCCAGUCGCUGUCCUAACAUAUGCGCAAUUUGUAGUCUGUACAGAGUAAUUGGGGCUUCUUUUUGGUCAAGAGAGGCAUAGCGUGGUCAUUUCCCCACCCCUACCCUUCUGUAUUACUCCUUAGUUUAUAGCAAAAUUCAUUUCAAUUAAAGUAUAACUAUUAUUGUGUAUUUUUGUGUACAAUCAAUUUUGAGUUCUUCACAGUUGGUCUAUUAUUGUCUUGUGACAACCAAGAUUGUGACUGUUCUCCCUCCCUAUCAAAUCAACCCUUAUUGUUAAAGUAAAA